AUGGCGUCGUCAUCGUCCUCAAAUAAAACGCCAAUGAUCAAUAAACAUAAAAAUAAUUAUUUUUUUUAUGGCACUCAUCCAUUAAAAGUACCCAAUACACUUGUUCAUGCUAAUUCAACAACAAGUUUAUCUACAUCAAGUACAGGUGGUCAAAAUCUGAAUCAUUUAUCACUUGAUAUACCAAAUAGUAAUCAUAAUAAUUUUCGUCAUGGAUAUUCAUCAACAACAGAUCUAACAACAACAAAAUCAUUACAUAAUCUAGCAGAAUCUCGCAAAGACGAUGACGAUAAUAAUGAGGUAAUACAACAAAAAAAAAAGAAACAAAAAAAAAAAAACUAA